AGGACAAGAGGGUCACAGCUUCGAGACUCAAAGCCCUCUGGGGAGACAACGAUCGCCCACUUCAUCGAGUCUUCUUCACAUCCUCUUCUCUGCCUGCGAUGUUCUUCCUCAAGAAGCUCGAGCAUCCUAUUCCCCUCCAUCCCUCCUACUUUGGUCCCUCCCUCGCAGACUUCAUCGAGCAGAAGCUGCGAGAUGAUGUAGAGGGAACUUGUUCAGGAGAAAAUGGAUACAUUGUCAAGGUCCUCAGGAUCGACAGUAUUGGUGAUGGAGUCGUGUUGCCAGGAGAAGGUCUGGCGCAAUUCAACAGUGUAUACCAGGCCUUGGUUCUGAGACCGUUCAAGGGACAGGUGGUCGACGCGAUUGUAUCGAACGUCAACAAGCUCGGAUUCUUUGCCCAAAUGGGCCCACUUCAGAUCUUCACAUCAGCGCAUCUGCUACCGGUAGCAUACCGCUUCACCCCUGAUGCUAAUCCGGCAGAGUUCUCGCCAGUGGGAGAAGGUGCUCAAGGAACUAGCGUGGUCAAGGGCAGGAAGGUCAGGCUAAGGAUCAUCGGUGUCAGACUUGAUGCAACUGAGAUAUUUGCGAUUGGGACCAUGAAGGAAGACUUCCUCGGACCUUUCGAUUGAUCCACUCGUCUUCGGCAGGUACGGUGGACGUUAUGCAUGACAGCCUAGCGGAGGCUAUGUCAGUCAACUUUCGCUAGACCAAUCAAAAGGUGGACAGGAUGUCGGGUGGUCACCAGACGUGACCCCCUGCGCAUGUUCACACCCCACAAAGAGGCGCCUCAGAGAUACAGUUCAGAGCGAUGCCAUUUGUA